AUGAAUCAAAAUAAAGUGAUUGUUUCUUCAUUUGCCUUUUGGAUUUUAAUAUUAUUCUGCUUUAUCGAAAAAAAUACCAUCUUAUCAUUACCAUUAAUUGAUGCUAAAGGUAACUGGGCAAUUCUUGGAGUUCCGGAACAUCCUGAUUUCAAUGGUUAUAUACUUCAAAUUAAAUACAAUCAGCAAGAAGACUCAUAUAAUAUUGGUGCACAUAUAAUUAAUAGCUUCGGGUGUUCUGUACAAUUUGAUCCUGCUAUUGACGAAUGGAAAUCUUCUAAAUGUGCCACAACUGAAAUGUAUAUCCUAGACGAUAAACAACGGACAAUGGAAAAUGAUCUUUUCAAAUUUAUUCAGAAUAUACAAAAGAUAAUACGUAAUGACAAAAUAUUGUAUAUUAUCGCAAAUAAUGGUGACCGGAUCAAUUUAGUUCGUGAAGCUUAA